UUAGUGCCUUAUUUAUAUUUUAUUUACAACAGCUAAUGAAAUGAAAUAGUUCAUCAAAAAGUAUAAAUGGAGCUCGAAGAGAUUAUCGCAAUACAUGUGGAAGCCAUCGAAGUGAUUUUAAAUCAUAUACUUUAUAUACGUGGCGUUUAUCCGGCACAAAUCUUUAAGAAACGUCGUGUCUACAACACCCCAGUCUUUAUAGUCGCUUUCCCAGCCUUGAAUUCGUACCUGGCAAAUAUUUUGAAAACUGUGCAGAAUUUAUUGACAAAUGCGGUGCAACAAUUAAAGCUGGAAUUAAUUAUAUACUCAAACGAAGCGGAGCAUAAGGAGAGCUACUUUCUGGAAAUGCAACCAGGUCAGGCUGAUUUCACACAAGACCAGUAUUUAAUGGACUACGAGCAACAGUUAAGGGCAGCCCUCUACAAAUUCGCGGAUCGCGUAAAACAUUUGCCAAAACUUGGCCAGAAUGCCAAGUUUAAGGUCCAUAUACAUACAACACAGACGACAUUUACACAGCUCAGCCACGACGCGCAAUACCAGGAGUUUCCCUGGCUGCAGUCAACUGAAAGUCCGCACCAGCUGAAGCAACAGAAAUUAUGUCUGCUGCCAUUGUCUAAAGUUGAUAAAGUCGGUUUGCGAAUGGAGGCAUAUAUAUCCAAUUAGUUGUACAACUUUAAUUAUUAAGCAUUAAAUUUUAGAUGACUUUUGCCAGCUCAUAUUGUGAAAAAAUCACUCAUAUUUUGCAGGAAACUUUUACCAUUAAUAAUUAAUUGUCAGUUGCCAAUCGAUUUUAAAUGGUUUUAAGAGCAACACACAGCAUCCGCGGGAAAGUGAAUACUAAUGAUAUAUAUAUGUAUAUAAUAUUUAAAUAUAUUUAUUUUGUAGAAAUUUA